AAGAAAUUAUUUUUGGUUGCAAGCUUUUGGAUUUAAAAUAUAUUUCAUCAAUAUUUAGGCAAGUAUUGCAAACAAUCCGCAAUAUUUUGAUCUAUAGUUUCAGUUGUAAAAAAAGAAACAUUGGGACAGCUGCAUUUGGAGUACAAGUUGAAGAUCCAAGACUAAUAUCUUCUGCCUCUUUGUCAACAUCAGAAGAUAAAUCCACACUCCACAGUCAAGUUGUUACCAUCAAAAAUUUUUGAUUUGUUUAGAAAAUACCAAAGGUGAUAUAUCUAAAAAAGCUUCAUUGAAUAGGUUCAAAGUCGAAAAUUCUGUCCAAUAAAAUUUGUUUUAAGUAAAUUUAUAUUUGAAAUCAGGUUUGUUUACUAAUGAUACAAUGUGUUUCUCAUUUUUAUCACCAAUUGAUGAAAAGCUCAAAAUUUUAGAAACUUCCAGAUCAUUAUAACCAAUUCUCUUGCAUUUGGAGAUUGUUACAAGCGUCUGAAAUUGCAUUAACGAUAUAUGAUCGUCGUUCGGACCGUUUAAAAGGUUCUCUACAAUUGGGGAAUCAUAUUAUCCUAGGUUCGCUAUAUAGCGGGGUUCCUCUGUACUUUUAUAGAAAUAUAGAAAAAAAAAUUUUAAUGAAAUUAUGUAAUGCAAUAAAAAAUGUUUACAAUGAAUUAAUGAAUUAACAUUUAAAGAUAUACAGUAGAACUUCAAUUAUCCGAGCUAAUUCGGACCGCUAGUACCUCGAAUGUUGGAAAUCUCGGUUGAUAGAAACUGCGUAUAAAAAAACCUGUCAGGAUCUCAAAUUUUCAAAAAGCAUUAAUUGAAAUAUAAUAGAAUAUUUUUAAAAGAUAAAGAAGACCAUGUAAAAAGCAAUGUUUUACAAUUAAAAACUAAAAUAGAAAAUAACUUGGUAAGUUUAAAAAGAAAAGUUUUAUUUUUUACAAUGCCAAGUGAAAUAUUGAAAAACGCAUUUAAAGAAGCAAACUUCUAGAAAAUAUUCUUAUUUUCACAUUGAAAACUCUCCAACUAAUGUUAAAUUAAAAUUCUUUUUAAAAAUUAGACUUCAUUAUCGGCUCGGUUAACAGGAACCUCAAUCAAUUGAGGUUCUACUGUACUUCUAUAUAAUUUUAAACAAUUUUAAAUUGUUACUACUGAGAAGAUUUAUGCAACCUAAAAUUUUUUAUGAAUUUGCAUUAAACAUAUGAGUUUAAUUUAUUACUUUGUCCAAACUAUUUCUCUGUGAGAUUACUGAUGUUACAAAUCACAAUGAGUUUUUCAGCUGCUUACUGUAAAAAAAAAAGUCUGAAGAGUUGAGCUCUUCUUAUCUGGGCUGGAUAUGAUUUUAGCAUACUUAAUUUCUUAAAAGUUAUUUUGGUUCACUGUUUUUAAUUGAAAAUACUUUGAAAAUGGAGCCUCCAACAAAACAGCAAAAGACGGAAGAUAAUGAUCUUAAGGAGAUACUUUUAAACAUGCAAGUUACAUUCAUUAACAAACUAAAGACCAUAGAAAAGAAGAUCGAUAAAAUCAGCUCUCGCUACCAUGUUUUGGGUGAAAGAGUUGAAAAUGUAUUAUUGAAAAUUAAGGAGUCUUCUCUUAAAGAAGUGAUUAGUCUGCCAACUUCUGUUGAAGGUAAAGCUCCAACUCACACCUUUCCCAAUACUGAAGAUUCUUAUCCAGAUGGUUGUUGGCUUGGUAACCCUAAUGAUCCAGAUCUUCGUGUGAGAUGUGGAAUCACUCCAUUAGAAUUAGAAGAUAUCAACAGUUCCUGUACAACACCUGAGAAAAUGAGCUUGACCUUGUUGGAUCACUUAUUUGAUCGUGAAACUCAAGCGGUAUCUAACAUAUCUGGAACUGGAAAACAUGGGAAAAGGCAGUUAGACCCACUGAAAAUUUAUGGCAUUAAAUGUCAUGUUACAUACAUGUUUGGCAUUAGCAAUGUGCAUUGGCAGCGCAUUAAACAAAAUAUUGAUUCUAAGUGUAGAACAGCAUUUAGAAGAAAACAUAAAGGAAUGCCCUUAAUUUGUAAAGGAGUCAAAGAAAGACAUCUUUCACUAGGGAAGCCAAAGAAUUUGAAGUCUUGCAAUUCUAAACCCCUUCCACUUGUGGAAAAGCAAGAGCAUGAAAAUUUAACCUCACCAGGAAAAGAACCUCAUUCUUAUGAAUCGUUACACGAAAAUGAUUUCUUUGUUUCUUUGAAUGCAGACUUUACUGAAAGUUUGAAUCAAACACAGAUCAUUCAUACGGAACAUGGGGAUUUCCAGGUUAUUCAAGCGACAGAAGAAGAGCUUGAGCAACUUAAAAAAAAUCAUGAAAUUGAAAUUUUAACAGAAGAUGUCUUAUUAAAUGAUCAGCUCAGUAAUGGUUAAAAUGAGUUCACUCUGUAAAAUGAAAAUCAUGUAAUGUAACAAAGUAUUAUAUUUAAUCAUCUUUUAAUCUGCAUUAUUAUGAAUGAAAAAUGUAUAUAGUGUAUAUUAUAUAAAAAGUUAUAUUUUGAACAGAAAAUGUACUUUUUGCACAAUUUAGGAAUACGAAAAUAGAUAUAUAGAUACAAAUAUACAUAAUACAAAUACAUGAGGACCAGCAACAUGAUCUAAACUAGAGAUGCACCAAAUACCAUAUUUUGCUAAAUACCCAAUAUUCGAUUAAAAUUCGAACCAAAUAUUUAUUUAUUUUUUCACCAAUGUUUGAAUUUUAUGCCAUUUUAAAAUGAAAAAUAUUAAUCCGGAUUGGUAAAUGAAAAUGCACUGACAUUUACAUCGUAAAUUUAUCUACAUUAAGUAUUAGUAUUAAUUUAAAAUAAAUCAUUCCAAAAGCAAAAACAAAUUAAUAUUGUAAAUAGCAAUAGCUCAUUUGGUUUAUGUUUAUCUGCAUGGAGAAAUAAUUUCCUUCCUGAUGUAUGAUUUGAUAGCUGGUAAUCAUGACAGCUUGUUAAGUCAUUAAUAAAGAAUAUUGCAUUUGUCUUACAUAAAAUACAAGCCCAAGUUGCCUAAAAUAUCAUUACAAAUUACAGUUUUUUUACUGAUU